UUAGCUUUUUCUUCCUUUUAAGCAAAAGACUGAAGUUAUAUUCAUUCAGUCAUCUAAAUAUAUAUAUUAAGCAUGAUGGGUCAUAUAUGUAGUUUCAUAAAUGAAUUGAAACCAGCGUUGGUGAUGGCUGGGGUUCAAGUGGUCUAUGCAGGAGGAACUAUAUUGUAUAAACUUGCAGUUAUUGAUGGAAUGAGCUUCAGUAUUAUUCUCGCUUAUAGAUUCAUUUUCUCCACAGUUGUUAUGGUCCCUCUUGCUUUCUUUGUUGAAAGGAAGAGAAGGCCAAAACUAAAUUUGAUGAUACUGUUUCAAGCUUUUAUCGGUAGCUUGUUUGGGGCUACACUCUAUCAAUUUUUGUACCUGGAGAGCAUGGUCUUAACAUCAGCAACAUUUGUAACAGCCAUGGCUAACCUCACUCCGGCUGUCACCUAUAUUUUGGCUCUUUCUUUUGGAUUAGAGAAGGUGGCCGGAAUAUGGACACUGGCUGGGAAGGCGAAAGUGGUGGGAACAUUAAUUGGAAUAGUUGGGGCGAUGGUCCUCACAUUUUGCAAGGGAGUUGAGAUUAAGAUUUGGUCAACGAAUAUAAACCUCCUAGACCAAAAUGUAUCACAGGUACACCAGUCAGAAUCUCUUGCCAAAACCCUCUUCGGCUGUCUAUUGUCUGUGGUAGGUUGCUUCUUGUUUGGUAUGUGGUUGAUCAUUCAGGCUAAAAUGAGUGAGCAAUAUCCAUGUCAUUAUUCAAUCACAGCUUUGGUGUCUCUGAUGGCAGCAAUCGAGUCGGUUGUUUUUGCCCUUUGCAAGGAAAAGGAUUGGAGUCAAUGGAAGUUAGGCUUUAAUAUUAGGCUUCUUACUGUAGCUUAUACGGGAAUUCUUUCUUCUGCUUUGGUGAUGACGUUGAUGUUUUGGUGUGUGCAAAUGAGAGGACCUCUAUUUGUAUCUGUAUUUGGCCCUCUUAUGCUUGUGGUAGUAGCUUUUGUUGGUUCAUUAAUUCUGGACGAGAGCCUAUACUUGGGCAGCAUAUUAGGGGCAAGCUUGAUCAUAUGUGGGCUAUAUGUGGUGCUGUGGGGAAAAGCAAAGGAGAUGAAGAAGAGAACUCAGUUAAUUCCAUCGGAAGGCUCUGGAGAAUCUCAGUCGACCGAGAUUGUUAUCAACUCUCCAAUCGAUAACACUUCCAACAACAAUAAGAACUGACCGAAGGAGACAUACCAUCAAAAGAAAUUGAACAGAUGAAGAAAAUUAAAGAUGAAAAUAAAAUUAUAUGAUGGAGAUUUACACCAAAUCAGAUGAAGAAAUUGAUACACAUGAGAUUUAAAAGGGCCAGGCCGUAUUGUACGUAAAAUCUAAUUUGUGCAAAAUAUUUUAAAGUUUUGUAAUAUUUAGGUUACUAGCAAUUUCAAGAGGCCACAAGCUACAUAUAUAUGUUGUUUCUUGUAGAAAA